CAGUUGUCUAGUUUAGCCAUAGAAGACUGUGAGAAUGCUGAAUUGGCCUAUACCAUGAGAGACCUGCCCCCUAGAGCUGGUCACAGCUUCCCUGGAUGCGAGAUGCCCAUGAUGGACAGGGAGCCAGAUGGCAGCACCCGUCCUCAUACUCCAGGGACACCCACUUUCACACGGCCGAUGAACAGAAGUCUCCUGGACUCCGAUCCGGAAUUACCCCGCCGUGGGCAGCUCAGCUCCAUGAGCUCUCUGGAUUCUCCCCUGAGCCCCACUCGUCCUUGGGGCAGAUUUGACCCCUACGACUCUGCUGAGUCAGAGCGGAUCUCACAGACAGUGGAAAUCACAAAACACACUGUGGCUAUAGAGGAGAAAGGAGUCAAACUAAAACUCACCAUUGUGGAUACGCCGGGAUUCGGUGAUGCUGUCAACAACACCGAGAGCUGGAGGGCGGUUGUGGACUACAUUGACCAGCAGUUUGAGCAAUACUUUCGUGACGAAAGUGGCCUCAACCGUAAAAACAUUCAGGACAACCGUGUGCACUGCUGCCUCUACUUCAUCUCACCUUUUGGCCACGGUCUCAGACCGAUGGAUGUGGAGUUCAUGAAGAUGCUACAUGAGAAGGUCAACAUAGUGCUUGUGCUGGCCAAAGCAGAUAGUCUCACUCCAUUGGAAGUCAGAAAAAUGAAAAUGAAGAUUCGUGAGGAGAUUGAGAGAUUCGACAUCAACAUCUACCAGUUCCCUGAAUGUGAUUCAGAUGAUGAGGAGUUCAAACUUCAGCAUCAGGAACUGAAGGACAGUGUUCCUUUUACAGUAAUUGGCAGUAAUGUCCAAGUUGAAAGCCAAGGCAGGCGUUUCAGAGGCCGUCAGUACCCCUGGGGUGUGGUGGAAGGUAGUUAUACCGUCAUAGUGGUGUUGCAUACAUAAUCUUUUAUUUGUACACAGACAAUGAAAUAAGUU